GCGGGGCUGAGCGGGCUGGGCGCGCGGUGGGUGCCCCGCCGGCCGCCGCCAUGCCCAUGAAGGGCCGCUUCCCGAUCCGCCGCACCCUGCAGUACCUGGGCCAGGGCGACGUGGUGUUCAAGGACUCGGUGAAGGUCAUGACGGUCAACUACAACACGCGCGGGGAGCGGGGCGAGGGCGCCAGGAAAUUCGUGUUUUUCAACGUCCCUCAGAUCCAGUAUAAGAACCCUUGGGUCCAGAUCCUGAUGUUCAAGAACAUGACGCCGUCCCCCUUCCUGCGAUUCUAUUUAGAUUCUGGGGAGCAGGUCCUGGUGGACGUGGAGACCAAGAGCAAUAAGGAGAUCAUGGCGCACAUCAAGAAAAUCUUGGGGAAGACAGAGGAAACCCUGAAGAAAGAAGAGCAGGCGAGGAUGCAGCUCUCUCACCCGGCCAACUUCGGCCCCCGGAAGUACUGUCUGCGGGAGUGCAUGUGCCAGGUAGAAGGGCAGGUACCCUGCCCCGGCCUGGUGCCCUUACCCAAGGAGAUGACAGGGAAGUACCGAGCUACUCUGAGCGCCGGUGCCCAGGAUUAAGACUGCCAGAGACUUGGGGUGCCCCUUACAUGCCCAGGAAAGAUGCAGGUGGCCGGGGAGUCGGCAGCUGAGCUGCUAGUGAGCAAUAAAAUGCUUUUCCACCA